CGUGCAAGCGUAACCGACUACAACACCGCGUCAACCACGCAGCGACUGAUCGAGCAGAGCCAGUACGGCCACCGUCCAGGUUAUAACUGGUUUUUGUUUUUUUUAUUCUACGUUCUCGCGUAGAUAAUCAUUCGUUUCUUUUUUUUUUAUUCUCGCGUGCGCACCCGUACGUUUGUCCCGCCGUCAAGAAUACCGAUCGAUCCGUCGGCGUGCACCAAACAACAAUCGUCCGUCCUGAGCCAGCUGCCACCGCGAAACGUUCAUCGUCGCGGUUACAAAUACGGUUACCGUUCAGCAGUAGCAGCCGCGGUCGACGUUUACCCGUGUGCUCGAGGAGCCGGGUGGCGGUGCUAACAACUGCGUGAUUUGGCAUUAUCAUCCGGUUUCACAUUAUUUCGCGUUCGUACACUUGUUGCGUCGGCUGUGCGGGUUUUCGUGACAAAGACGAAUCUCGUUCACGACGACGGCGACAACGAUCGUGUAAAUCUUGUUUUCGCGCUAUGUGUUUCGCGGUAGUUGCAAUGACGACGGCGACGACGGCCGUGCCGACUGCGGGUCGCCGGUAAACGAGUGUGUGGCAAACGAGUAAGCGCUCGCGCGCGGCCAUCGGUCGGCGGAUUUCCUACGUACGUUCCGUCGCCACAACCAUCGCCAUUCGGUCUUUCGGCGGAAUGCUGUGCGCCGAAGAGCAGAUCGGUGGCGUUGAUGGGUUGGACGCGUCCGCGUUUAAGUCACCCAUCCGCAGGCUCGGGUCCACGAGGAAGAUACUGUAUUUCAAUAAUAUUCGCCUUCAGCUCAACGAACAUUUACGAUGCCUGGACAGCCGGGUCGAAGCACAAGUAUCACUGGUAUCCGAACUUCAAGAUUAUUUCAGAAGACGAGCAGAGGUAGAAAUGGAUUACAGCAAGAGCCUGGAUAAACUUGCUAAAAGCUUACAACUGCGCCACAAAGAACAAAAACAAAAGAGAGAGCAGUGGUCGCUGUUUACUAGCUAUUCAUGUUGGCAGCAACUGGUGUUACAAACGAAAAAUCUCAGUAAAGAUCAUGGAGCUCUCAGUGAACUUUAUUCCACCCAUCUAGUCAGCAGAUUGUCUCAGGUUACUGAAGAUGUACAGAGGAUUUAUAAACGAUGCCGGGAGAUUUGUUACGAAAUCCACGAGGAGAUAUUACGGGUUCUUCAUGAAUUGCAUACUACCAUGAAGACAUAUCAGUCGUAUCAAGCUGAAGCUAAACAAGCAGAAGCUAAGCUGAAGGUCGCUGAAAAUCAAAGACUGAAAAUUGAGCUGGCAGUUCCUAAAGAAAAACUUGAUAAGUCUAAAAAAGUUAGGCUUAUCGGGAAAGAAGUUCAAAAAAGAAAGAACAAAUAUUUCGAUGCUAAACUAAAAGCAUUAAAAGCACGCAACGAGUAUCUUUUGUGUUUAGAAGCAACCAAUAGUACAGUUCACAAAUACUUUGUUGAUGACUUAUCCGAUCUAAUGGACUGUAUGGAUUUCGGAUUUCACCAUUGCGUGACAAAAGCUUUAAAAAUGCAAACAUCUGCCGAAGAGGGCCGUAUUCGUUCUAUGCAAGCUGGUUUAGACGCUACUAAUCUGAUUGUUUCAGCUAUGGACUCGGGCGUAGACAAACAACGGUUUUUAGAAUUUAAUCAUACCGCAUUCAUGAUACCAAAAAAAUUUGAAUUUCAAGGGCAAAAAGAUGAGUAUGCAGAACCAGAAUUGCAAAAAUUGUUGUGCGCUGAUAUGGAAACAAGGUUAGAACAGUUAAAUCAAAGAGUAACCAGCCUGCACACGGAGUCAGACGAGGUGUGGAAAACAUUAGCUACUGCUGAAAAAACUCUUUUGGAAAUGCUCACUGCUAAUGAUUACGAUUGCAGUAAUUAUUUUGGUGAAAAAGCUAUCCCGACCAGCAAACCACCAGAAACCAUUAGCAUAAAACUGCGAGCAGACAAACAUGAGACUGAAGAAUUUUAUCUUACCGUGAGUAUGAAGUUGCGCGAUUAUCUCAUGAGAACGAGUAGAAUUGUACGUCUAGAUUCCAAACAGCAACAUAUAAAUGAAACGCUAACAUCGAUAUGCAAACGCCCCCAAAAUGGCAACGUCGAAUUGACGCCUGCUAAGCAGACACCUCAACGACCAAUACAUAAGCCGAUCGUUAGAAGAAAAAGAAUCGGUAGGCUACAGAUGAACGGUCAACCGAAAUUGUUUGGGGGAUCUUUGGAAGAAUAUCUAGACGCAACCAAUCAAGAAAUACCGCUGAUAAUUAAGAGUUGCAUUCGAGUGAUUAAUUUGUUUGGUCUCCAUCAUCAGGGAAUUUUUAGAGUGUCUGGAUCGCAAGUGGAAAUCAACAAUUUCAAAGACGCUUUUGAAAGAGGUGAAGAUCCACUUGCUGAUAUGACAGAUGCUUCAGAUAUUAACUCCGUUGCUGGAGUUUUGAAAUUAUACUUACGUGAACUCCGAGAACCUUUAUUCCCGAUUAUUUAUUUCGAUCAAUUUAUGGAAUUAGCUCAACUCGAGUCACGUCAUCAAUUCGUUUUAAGAAUGAAAGAACUCGUUCAAAGCUUUCCAAAUCAAGUUGUUGUGAUGUUGAGAUAUUUGUUCGCGUUCCUCAACCAUUUAUCGGAAUUCAGUGACGAGAAUAUGAUGGACGUUUAUAAUCUUGCUAUUUGUUUCGGUCCCACAUUAAUACCGGUUCCCGAAGAGAAAGAUCAAGUCCAGUAUCAGAAUCUUGUCAACGAUCUCAUAAAAAAUAUUAUUCUUUUCCACGAAGAUAUAUUCCCGUCGUCGUUGGACAUCGGUGGGCUUGUAUACGAAAAAUACAUAUCUCGUGAGCCCGAUGAUGUGGACGUGGGUGAUUCACCUUCCGAUCACGCUCAAGAGGAUAUCGACUCUGAGGUUUACCCGUCAGAAGAUGAAUGUGAAAGUCUGGAAGCUACCGCACAGUACGAUUUUGUUGCUCGAUCUGAACGUGAAUUAAGUUUCAAAAAAGGUGCAACUAUUACUCUUCAUACCCAAGUUUCCGGAGAUUGGUGGCGAGGGAAUGUUAAUGGCCGAGAAGGUCUCAUACCAGACAAAUAUAUUCUUCUUAAAAUCAGGGACGAAGAACGCGAAAAAGCGGCCGAACUGUGCGCCAAGUCCAUCACAUCCUCGGACGACUCGACCAGGCGACGGACGUCCAGUUCAAACGAUUCGGUGCUCUCAGAGUCCGCGGCUUCCGGUUACUCGUCGCCACCGCUGGCCGACGUACCGUGGCCACCGAACUCCACGGGCACCGCCGAAAGGAACUCCAUGUCGUUGUCGCAUCACCGCGACGUAGCCGAGGCGCCCACUCACGAGAUGGGCAGUACAGACAGCCUGGACUCGGGCAAAGAUUCGGUGGUGGACGAGCAAUCUCCGCAGCACGUUGGUGGAGGAGAAAGCGGAGGACCAACAGCUUUCAAGUCAACGGCGACGGCAUCAGAGGGACGUCGGCGGCCCAGGGACGCGGUCUGUUACAGGAUUCCGUCGUCGCCUCCGCCAGUGGCGGCUCGCGAACAUCACAACCGAUCCAAGUCUGCCGAUUGUGACGGCGGCAGUGAGGGUUCACGAAAGACGCACGCAAAGAGCCUGAGCGUGGGCGACGACUCAUUCGACCACAAGAUCCAACUGUGGCGCAAAAGAGCUGACUCGCAUGGAUCGAUAGACCGGCCGAAACCGAUGCCCGCCGCCCGACAUCACGUCCAAAAUGCCGACCUCAAGGUAUCGGGUGGCGCGCCGGACUUAGUCAUGGACUUGCCGGUCAGAUCGUCGUCAUCAUCGUCGUCAUCGUCGACGUCGUCUUCCGAGAGAAUGCCGGGGGGUGCUGCGGGACAGGAGUUCCUGGGACCGUGCGGCGCGGCUGUCCAGGAACCGGACAGCCCGGACAUGGGCACGGCCGCAGAGCGUUUUGCCAAGCAAAACCAAUGUACGCUCAAGAAGUACAGCAAACCGAUGCCGCUGCCUUCGCCCGCGCAGACUAACGGCAAGCCCGAACUGCCGCCCAAGUCGUCCGGCAAGCCACCGCUCAAGGCCAAGCCGCAGAUAUUCAAGAAGCCCAUGUUUCUCGCCAGCGCCAAGGCCGCCAACGACGAAGCGACUUCUCGACCCUAGUAGUACCGUUUUUUUACCCGUUCAUCCCCGAUCCCCGUGGCGCUGCCUCCCCACCAGUAUGUCUGCGAAUCGCAGUCCCAGGCCAGGUCAAUACGCGUUCAAGUCUCCCAUCAGAAAAACCAACCAUCCUCUUCCGAUUUCUUAUGAGUGCAAAACAAUUUUCGGUCAUGCUCGAUUUUCCCUUGCACACUUGUGCAUCUACACAUAACGUGUAAUUAAGUAGUGACUAAUCUGGCCAUGCGGCGUCCGUCAUUUUGCACACGUACGUAUUUCUAAUACAUCGUCGUGUGAUUACCGAUGCUGAAAUCAGUCACUGCUGCGUUAGAAACCGUUUUCCACGUGUCGUCGAGUCAGUUCGACAGCCGAACGCGUUCAUCUCGAAAACAUUCUCGUCGCGACGUCGUGUACAACGGCCACUGCAACAGAUAUCUAACAACGUUCAGUGCCUCGUCGGUAAUUGCUCGCACAUGGACUGUUAAGUGACAACUCGCUUUAACGAGUUUUUGAAUUUCGAGUGAAUUGGGACUGGAGUAAAAAUAAAAUACGACCUUUGGUGCCGCGUUUCAUCGUCAAACGUGUUUCCGUCUGACGGUCGUUCGUCUUCAAACUGUACUUCAUAAAUACGCCGUAAUUAACAUAACAACUCACAAAACCACAAAAAUACAAGCGUCUAGUACAUCAUCCAAAUGUGUAUGCGAUCUCUGUGCACUGUUGUCCCGAUCUGAAAAAUGUUAAAUACUCUAUAUUUUAGAGAUCUGCACGGGUCGUUUUUUUCCAGCCCGAUCCAGCUCUAAAUUAAACUUCAAAAUGCUCCUACUCAAUUCCGGUCCUUAAUUUUUUUUUAAGUUCAAUCCAACUAGGCUCAGUCCGUAAUAUUUUUUUUUGCUGUCCAACCCGCCCAGACCCGUUCGUAACUAUAUUUAUACGCAUAUGAACUUUUUUUAUAUAUUAUAUAAUUGAACCUGAUCUCAUAAAAAUAUUAAAUUAUUCACACCAAUAUUACCGAAAAAUACUAUAUACAUACAUCGUCCCACGAUUUUAAGUCGUUUUUUCAACCGUCCCUUCCUGUCUUAACGUUCGUGUUGGAAUCGCGGUCGAGAACACGCCGUCCAGAUUUCUGGUCAUCCAUCUCUCCCCGAGAACGUUCCAAUUUCAGUCGAUUCAAACUGACCGAGUUAGAACCGUGGUAUUUCCACGUCCUCGCGUGCGUCGCGACAAUACCAGCGGUAGAUUUGUCGGGCAAUACACUGUGUGUAUUAAUAAUGGCAGUCUCGACUGGAUUAUGAAAAUAACGGAACAAUUAUCAUCAAUUAUUUUUCUCGAAUGUCAUCGUGAUGGAUAUAUUUAAAACGUGGAGACCGAGAGUCAACAGAGCUCAUGUUUCCGUAUUACGAGUAACACUAAAAUUCUAUCGCGCACAUUGCGAAACUGAUUUUCCUAGAAAUCUACGUCCCGAAAAGUUAAAAUCCUUAGUUGAAAAAUCUUAAUCCCGCCACCGGAUGAGACUAAAAGUAUUUACAUGACGAGUACAUAGUAUCAUGUAGAAGUUGUCGUGUUGUACGCGGAACGAGGAGACUGAUAUGCCGUAUAUAACAUAGUAGUAUAUAUUUAUUUGUAUAAUAUAUAGCGUGUGAGGUUUCGAACGCAUUAUUCAUGUUAUAACAUUCCCGAGCUACACGCGUCUUUGUCUUUGCGGAACUACGCGUAUUUUCACAGCGGUUUCUCGAGAAAUCGUUCGUUUUCGUUUUUUACGUCUCCCGCCGGAUCCGAACCGCUUUUUCCUUCAAUCGUUAUCUGUGCGGACCUCUUUCACGUGUAAGUACUUGUUUGUGUUUAUGUCCUUGUGGAAGGGACGCCAACAGCGUUGCGCCAUUAUGUUACCGCUAUUCUACGCGCGGUAGUUAGGAUCUAUUAUUACAAUAUCUGUUCACACCCGUCUUGGUUAUAAUAAUAAACGUAAAGCGUUACAAGAGGCACCGCAUAACAACCUUUUAUGUUUUUCUCCUUCAUCUUCUAUCGGUAAGCGUAUCGAUUAUCUCUCGGCGUAGCGUAUACACCACGUACGCGCGCACACUCCCAGAUGGCACUUAUUUUAUAUUUUAUAUUAUAUGCAGUGUACAUUAUAAACCGUCUUUGGGAUGUGGAAUUCAUAUUAUCUACCAUGUUGCAUGUAUUUCUCCUUCCGCGAUUACUUAUUGUUCAACAAUAACAGUCGCAAUCAUAAUGUACUUGUAAUGAAUCAUUUCUUUAAAUGUAUACUUUCCGAAAAUGUUUUGCGUGCCUAUCAUCGAAAUUGUAUUAGGUACUAUUAUUUUUAUAAUUGUUUUGAUUCGUUGUAAUUUUUUUAUUAUUAAUAUUAUUAUUAUUAUUAUUAAAGACACCGUGUAUUAUGUCGAUAUUUUAUACUGAUGCUUUAGUCGGGUAACAAUAAAUUGUUUUCGCCCGCGAAUCACGACAUGUAUACCGUCAACAAUAACAGUGUCUAGCCGAAAUGUAUUUAACCAUUUUGCUAUUAUUAUUACUAUUAUCGUUACGAAAAUCAUUGUUUUGUACUCGCAAAUGAAUUUGUUAUUUUUUUCACGUCGACAGGAUGAUGAUACAACAAUGAACGUUAACCGUAUACAGUCUCGUCCUUUGCAAAAAUUUAUUUAAGAACAAUGUGUAUUAUUUUAUCCAAAUCAGUAUUUUUUUAAAAUUAAAAAAAAAACA